AUGUGUUCAUCUGAUUCAUUAUAUAUUGGUGUUUCUGCUUACAAUCGAUCUGUAUGCAUUUGUCCUAUUAAUAAAUUUGGUUAUCAAUGUCUCCUUCUCAAUAAAAUUUGUGACAUGGACCAGAAUUUAACAUGUCAAAAUAGUGGACAAUGCAUUCCUGCUGAUGAAUAUAUGAUAUCGAAUAAAAGAUUUAUAUGUAUUUGUCCAAAAGGUUAUAUUGGUGAUCGAUGUGAAAUAGUUGAUAAUAAAAUGAUUUUAUCAUUUCGAAACGAUAUUGUUUUAUCUCAAUCGAUAUUUAUUCAUUUCAUUCAAAUUGUAAAUGAUAGUACACCGAUUAGAACGACUGCUUUUCGAACAAUUCAUCUUACACAACAUUUACUUUCUAUUUAUUCGUCACAACCAUUUCAUCUUAUUUUCAUUGAACUUCUAAAUAAAAUUUAUUAUUUAGCUGUUAUUCAAAACACUUAUAAGCGAUUAACAACAAUUACUAAAAUGAUAAAUCCAUCAGAUUGUUGUCAACAUAUAAAUGAAUUAUUUAAUGAAACAUUUGUUAAAAUGCAUCUGAUUCAUCGUAUCAAAUAUUAUCAUUUACCAUGUCAAAGAUAUUCAUCGAAACUUUCUUGUUUUUAUGAUGAUAGUCAUAUUUGUCUAUGUUAUGAUUAUGGGCAAAAACGUUUAGCGAAUUGUGGGUGUGGGUAUGGUUUUUGA